UAAUUCAACGUGAACAACUCAUACAAACGGCUUACCACGCUAAACAGAAGAAAGCAAGCUGCUCCUAUUUUUUUAUGGUUUUGGUCGCACUGUCACUUCAAUUUCUUUUUUUUUUAAUUCCUGAUUAUAUCAGCGAAAACAACGGACAUAUUUAACACCAGAUAUUAUAUUUACGCAGAAAUUCUCUUUUCUGUUUUUUUUCUCAGUUUAAAACGUUUCAUUGUCCGGCUAAACAAUAUAAUUUUCUACCCUUUAACCGUAUCUGCUAUUUAUUUUUUCUUUCUUCAGUUGUCCCCAAAUCACGAAAUGCUUAUUCAUGUAUAUAUGCAUAUAUAUUCUCAUAUCAUCGUCAAAGUAUAAAAGGAAGGAAGUAUUUUAUUAAUAUUGGUUAUUUUGCUUUCUUUUCUUCCUUCUAUUUAGCUACAUCGUGGGCGUUCGCUUAUUCUUUUUCUUUUUCUUUCCUAACGAUUUCUUCACUUUCUGUGUUUGUUAUUGUUUCCAAAACAUCGCUUAAUUUAAAGUUAUAAAGAUAUAUUGGUAUUAUUUCUGAGUGAUAACAAGCUUAAAAAAUCCAACCCCUCAUAUACACAUACACUAUUAACAUUACCAACACAAAAGGAAAGGAAGAUAAUCUACAAGCAUUAUAAAUAUAACAUAUCUACAUUAUAUCAGUGGGUAGCUGGAUAUCACUAGCCACGAACAGAGAAAUUACCAAGAGACAGCAACAAUGUCGCUUCAAAACAAUGGUACUAACCGACUACUUGCACAACCUGCCAGAAUACUUAAGGAGAAUGCAUUAAUCAAUGAUGAAAACCGGGUCCCAACUGAAAACGAUGCAGUGUCUCGUUUCGGUCGAAACCAAAAGAAACGAGAAGUCCUCGGUGAACUCGGCCGUUCUGUCGGCAGCGAUCUGAAGGUAUUUUUGGACAGAAAUGUACCGGUAACCCAACAACGAAAGCGCCCGUUGAGAAAUGCAAAGCUUGGGUCUGUUUCUGGACAAGAUGAAAACGAUUUUCAACAGAAGUACAAAGUUACCGACUAUGAUCACAUACCUCGCAAGUCAGGCUUCAAAAUACACGUGGACAAUGAAGAGAACUCGGAAUCUGCUGAAGAUAUGUCCUUCUCUAAGGAGGAUUUGGCUGUUGAGAGCAAGCUCGAGAUGCAUGCUGCAGUCACUGCACUACCAAAACAACCCUUUGAACGUCUCGAGCAAACUUAUGGAGUGGAUUUCGAGUCUCCCAUGGUUCUUGAUACAAGCCUAGAUCAAUCAAGUAUCUGUGAAACUAAAGAAGUUAUACAUUCUCUUUCACCCUAUGAUACAUAUAAAAAUGACAUUUUCCAGUACAUUCGAGAGUCUGAGGAGAAAAACCGUCCCAGACCAACAUAUAUGAACAAACAGACAGAUAUUACUCACAGUAUGCGUAGCAUUCUUGUGGACUGGUUGGUUGAAGUGACUGAAGAAUACAAAUUGCUCUCUGACACAUUAUUUCUGGCUGUGAAUUAUAUUGACCGAUUUCUCUCUGUGAUGGCUGUCAAUCGAGGAAAACUGCAGUUGUUGGGGACCGCAUGUAUGUUCAUUGCAUCGAAAUUUGAAGAAAUUGAGGCACCGGAUCUUGGAGAAUUUGUUUAUAUCACUGAUGACACUUACUCUCGUAAUCAGGUUUUGAAAAUGGAGCAACUGAUUUUGAAGGUUUUGUCAUUCACUGUUGCUGUUCCUACUGCCACAACAUUCUUGGACCACUAUUUUCAUGAAGCUACACUAGACAAGAAACAGUUUCAAUAUUUGGCUAGAUUUCUUCUUGAGUUAACCUUGCUGGAUGCUGACCCUUAUCUCCAGUAUAAACCUAGCAUCAUUGCUGCUGCCGCUUUCUUCCUUGCUGCAAAAACUUUGGGCUGUGAAGUGUCAUGGGUUGCUGAACUUGAACAGCUAACUGGGUAUUCCGUGUCAGACUUCCAAUCGUGUGUGAAACUGUUGUAUGUGACCCACAAAUCUGCAAGCAAGCAUGCACAACAGGCGAUUUAUUUAAAAUACAGUUCCGACAAGUUCUUGAAGGUGGCAACAAUUCCUCCAUUACAGAUAAAAAAUUUCAAGGUCGCUUAAGAAAAAAUUAGAAAAGAAAAGAGAAAAGGAAUAUUUUCUACUCUCCACAUCAGUUUCAUUUCUUUUUGAAUUUGUAGAAAAAGUGUGAAGAAACGAGACCGAAUAUAGUUUCUUCUGUUCCCAAGAAUAUAUAUUCUUGCAUACGAUGCGAAAGUGAUUUGAUAUCAAAGUGUAAAAUGUGAACUUGUAAGACCAAGGUAGACCAUGCCAGUUUAGUCUUCUCUUCUGUCUACUGAAGAAAUCUUUUUAGUCUAUUUUAAUGCAGAAACGAGAAAGCUUUUUUUUUUUUAAAUUCCUCCCCUUCAUUUCAAAUUAAAAGAAGUUUUCAAAACUUGUACAUAGUUUCUAUGAAGGGUAAAUCAUGUAUGAACACAGAAAAAGAUGACUUUUAAUAUUCGUUGUGUAGUAAUAUGUGGUUGUAUGUGUGUUUGUGAUGUGCGAGGGUGUAUGACAAGUGCAGGAGUGUGUAUAUGUGACUCUGUGUGUGUGUGUGUGGUGUGUGUGUGUGUAUGAUAUUGCAUAAUGUCAUGUACAUAUUGUAAAUGUAUAUACACAAUCUCUAGGUUAUUAUCUGUAUAUAGUUCUAAAAUGUGUAUAGUAUAGUAUAGCCAUUUGGAUGUAUGUAUAUUUAAUGUAUGUAAGCAUGUUUUAAUAGUGUUAAUAAUUUACAAAAAGAAACUCUAUCAUGUAUAUUAGGUGUGUUUUAAAUAUCUUUUGUUCUGGGUGUCUAAGUUGAAUAUAUAUAUAUAUAGUUUGUGUUGUAAUGAUGGUGGCCUGUGGUUACUCAACUCACUUGGUCUUUGUUGUUAAAUGAGAUCCAAACCUUCUUGGAUCUUCUGGUACAGCUCUUGGGAGGCAGCUUUUUUGUUAUAAAAUCUGUAAUUGUCACUUUGUAUGUACUCAUGUUGUAUAAUUUUUUUUCCCCAAAAUUUCUUACUCCCAUCUCUCAUUCUGAUCUUCCAUGUGAGGGUUUUCUUUUUUUUUUUUGUUUUUACUUUUUUAAACGAGCUAAUUUACUAAAAUGUUAGUAAGAAGUGGGCAACACUUUGGAAAAUUCUUAGUUUGUAUAAAUUUCUAGAGUAAGAAGUGAAGAAGAUUGCUAGUAGCAAUUAAAUAAAAAAAUAAAAAAUUCAGAGAAGCUGCUUUAGUGCAGCUUAACUUGGAGGUUCAAAUUGACCUAUGCACCAGUCCUGUAGUUGUAUUUUCCUGUUUCGCAUUAACUGAUUGAAUAGACAUAUAGAUUUUUUUUUUUUGUGGGGUAUAAUUAAAACAAUGGAUUUUUUUUUUUUAUUAAGGUAGAUUUGGAUCAGAAGUUGGGUUUUUUGCCAGGUGGGUGUAGUGUUAUCUUGAAAAUUGCAGCCCUUUCAUGGCAAAGUCACUCAAGUGUCAGCCCCUGCAGUGAAAGCUGUCGAUUUGUAUCAUGACACAGAAUUAUGGUGUGUCAUGUAUGGGAUCCCUACUCCCAGGAGUUUGCUGGCAGAGUAGUCAGAAGUACAUAACCGAGUAGUUUGUCUUUACUCUUACCUCUGGUCUAAGAUGUAACAAAGAAAAUCCUCGUGAGAAUGUGUGCGAAUAACUGCCUUGUGUUUUUAUAUUUGUCCACUUGCUUGAGUUUUCAAAUUAGCUCUGCCUUUCUAUUAUUAUGCCUUAAUUUCUGGAAUCCACCGAAAUCACACCAUUUUUCAUUCUUAUAAAAUAAAUGGUGGUAUCGCUAUCUAAAAUUUAUAUAAGCUAUUUGUAAAUAAAUUUUAAAAAUACAUAACUGGCUAAUUUGUAUUAAUUUCUAAAUAUUUUUU